CAGAGAACGCCUGUGCGUAAGAGCGUCUGGUCAGCUGACUUAUCAGUGGACCACUAGCAGGAAGAACACCGACUGGCGGCUGUGUGCACUGGGGACGUACUCCUACAAGCCAUAGCGGAGGCCGAGCGGGGGACUGCUGGUGGAACGAGGGCGGAGUUUGGUUUCAUCAUGGCCUGUCAGGUCUGAGAAACAGCCACAAUGAUUGGAGGAUUGUUCAUCUACAACCACAAGGGGGAGGUCCUCAUCUCGCGGGUCUACCGAGAUGAUAUAGGGCGCAACGCGGUGGAUGCAUUCCGUGUGAACGUGAUCCAUGCACGGCAGCAGGUGCGCUCUCCGGUGACAAACAUCGCGCGCACCAGCUUCUUCCACGUCAAGCGCUCCAACAUCUGGUUGGCGGCUGUCACCAAGCAGAAUGUCAACGCUGCCAUGGUGUUCGAGUUCCUCUACAAGAUGUGCGACGUCAUGACGGCCUACUUUGGCAAGAUCAGUGAGGAGAACAUCAAGAACAACUUUGUGCUCAUCUACGAGCUGCUUGAUGAGAUUCUGGACUUUGGCUACCCCCAGAACUCAGAAACCGGAGCUCUAAAGACCUUCAUUACGCAGCAGGGCAUUAAGGGACAGCACCAGACUAAAGAGGAGCAGUCUCAGAUCACCAGCCAGGUGACGGGCCAGAUCGGCUGGCGUCGCGAGGGCAUCAAAUAUCGUCGCAACGAACUCUUCCUUGAUGUGCUGGAGAGUGUCAACCUGCUCAUGUCACCACAAGGUCAGGUCCUAAGCGCCCAUGUGUCCGGCCGAGUGGUGAUGAAGAGUUACCUGAGUGGGAUGCCCGAAUGCAAAUUUGGCAUGAACGACAAGAUCGUCAUUGACAAGCAGGGCAAGGGAGGAGCGUCCGAUGAUGCUGGGAAGAGUGGGAAGCAGUCCAUCGCCAUUGACGACUGCACCUUCCACCAGUGUGUGCGUCUCAGCAAGUUUGACUCCGAGCGCAGCAUCAGCUUCAUCCCCCCUGAUGGAGAGUACGAGCUUAUGAGGUAUCGCACCACUAAGGACAUCAUCCUGCCGUUCCGCGUCAUCCCUCUGGUCCGCGAAGUUGGACGCACUAAAUUGGAGGUGAAGGUGGUCAUCAAGUCCAACUUCAAACCAUCGCUGUUGGCCCAGAAGAUCGAGGUCCGUAUCCCCACACCCCUCAACACCAGUGGCGUGCAGGUGAUCUGCAUGAAGGGAAAAGCCAAGUACAAGGCCAGUGAGAACGCCAUUGUGUGGAAGAUCAAACGCAUGGCUGGAAUGAAGGAGUCUCAGAUCAGUGCUGAGAUUGAGCUGCUGCCCACAAACGACAAGAAGAAGUGGGCCAGGCCCCCCAUCUCAAUGAACUUUGAGGUCCCGUUUGCUCCGUCGGGCCUCAAAGUGCGCUACUUGAAGGUGUUUGAGUCCAAGCUCAACUACAGUGACCAUGACGUCAUCAAAUGGGUGCGCUACAUCGGCCGCUCUGGAAUCUACGAAACGCGCUGCUGAAGUGGCACGCCGAUUUGAUCCAUCCUCUUCUUGGUUUCUCUUUGCCCUGACCUCCAUCUUUCUCUCUCCUCCCAUUUAUACUUAGAUCAUACACCCCCCUCUCUUAACUAGGUGUUGGAGGUUGACUUUACAUCAUUUAAGAAAAGUAAAUAUGGCAUAAUGCACAGAUGUAUGCAAAAUGUGACCCAUUGUAUCGUAUAUAUCUCGUAGUAAUGAGUAAAGCAGGUGCACCAAGGGGGCAGGACAGCAGUGUGGCUCUGUUUUUUGUUCAUUCAGUGUUCUUGUUCUAUACACUAUCAAUUUAACUUUCAUUAGUCCUGCACAACUUGGAGGAAUUCUCCUCUCCAGUAAGAUGACGUGUAGCUGUUGUGGUUUCACAUGAAUCUUGGUAUAAUUCCUGUGUAUGAGUAGUCCAAAUUCUCCUGAUGUCUUUGUUGUUGACUGAUGAACUCAAUUCAAGGGGAUUGCUGCUUUUGUGUAACAGAGGACAUUCCAGACAGACUUAUUGGGCUCUGCUAGUGGCGAGUUUUAUUUUGAAAGGAAUUUUCCUAAAUUUAUCUGAAGCACGGAGACCAACUUCAUUCUUCCAGUGUUAGAUGUAACACUAAAAAAGUGUGCUGGGAAAUCAGAACCUUCCUUUCCCGUCCCCCUGCAGUGUCAUUUAGAGGUGAUGUCUCCCCCUGGUGUUUACCUUGUCACCGUCGGCUUCUUCAUAUUUGUAGCCCUAGUGACCGUUCUGUCCAAUAAAAUCUCACCAUGUAUCCAAA